AUGCCUGAAGAACAGGCGUUUAGUGUUCUGGUCAAAAUAAUGUUUGACUAUGGACUCAGGGAACUUUUCAAGCAAAAUUUUGAAGAUUUGCACUGCAAAUUUUACCAGUUGGAGCGCCUCAUGCAGGAAUAUAUUCCUGACUUGUACAACCACUUCCUGGACAUAAGCCUUGAAGCACAUAUGUAUGCCUCCCAGUGGUUUCUUACCCUCUUCACUGCAAAGUUCCCUCUCUACAUGGUCUUCCAUAUCAUUGAUCUGCUGUUAUGCGAGGGAAUAAGUGUCAUUUUUAAUGUUGCCCUUGGAUUAUUAAAGGUAAACUUCCAAGGAUGACUGCUGGUGACAGACUUUGAAGGAGCUUCUGAAGUUUUUCCGAGUCAGCUUCCUAAGAGAUAUCGCUCAGAGGAAAAUGCCAAAAAGCUAAUGGAAUUAGCUUGCAACAUGAAGAUUAGCCAGAAGAAGUUGAAAAAGUACGAAAAGGAGUAUCACACGAUGAGAGAGCAGCAGGCUCAGCAGGAGGGCCCCGUAGAGCGGUUUGAGCGAGAGAACAGACGCCUACAAGAAGCUAACAUGAGACUGGAGCAGGAAAAUGAUGAUCUUGCCCAUGAGCUGGUAACCAGUAAGAUCGCCCUACGAAAGGAUCUUGAUAAUGCCGAAGAGAAGGCUGACGCCCUCAAUAAGGAAUUGCUGAUGACCAAGCAGAAGCUGAUUGAUGCGGAAGAAGAGAAGCGGCGGCUGGAAGAUGAGUCGGCCCAGUUGAAAGAGAUGUGCCGGCGGGAACUAGACAAGGCGGAGUCGGAGAUUAAGAAAAACAGCUCUAUCAUUGGGGAUUAUAAGCAGAUUUGUUCCCAGUUGAGCGAGCGAUUGGAGAAGCAGCAGACAGCUAAUAAAGCUGAAAUUGAGAAAAUACGGCAAAAGGUGGACGACUGUGAGCGCUGCCGGGAGUUCUUCAACAAAGAGGGGCGUGUGAAGGUCAUCAGCUUGGCCAAGGAGGGUUCAGACGAGGACCCAGAUGAGGAGAAAGAGGCAUUGAAAAACCAGCUGCGGGAAAUGGAGCUCGAGCUGGCGCAGACCAAACUGCAGCUGGUCGAAGCGGAAUGUAAAAUACAGGAUCUGGAACAUCAUCUGGGCCUCGCGCUGAACGAAGUGCAAGCGGCGAAGAAGACGUGGUUCAACAGAACAAUCAGCUCUAUAAAGACAGUGACUGGCGUCCAGGGGAAAGAGACUUGUUGAGCAAGCGGACGCCUCCCUCCUCUACUCUUCCCAGGAGUUAUCCUCUUCCUCCUCCACCUUUCUUUCCUUCCUCCUCCUCCUCCUCCUCUAAACACACCACCUUUGGUUGCCUUCCUUGGCCAGAUUUUUGACUCUGAGCUCCAUCAGAGGACCAGAAUGCACAUAGAGUAGAAACCCAGCCGCCUGUCGGAAUGUCCAGAGGUCAUGGAUGAAACGGAUGGAAACACCCGAGGGACAGGCGAGCAUUCUAUACUGCUGAUGUUUACCAAGUGACAUAGCGGGACGGGCGUCCUCCGGAGAAACGCUCUGACUGGUGGCCACUCGCAGGUCUCCUCUCCAAGUCGUCGGUACGAGAACUUUCCAAACGUGAAGGAUGAGUUCACGUGUAAGAGUCUGAGGAUCUUUUGGUUGGUUGGUUUCUUUCGGGGAGGGGUGGUUUGGAUUUUCAUUUUAACCUUUAAGCUGUUUUUAAUAUUUAAAAAAAGAAAAAGAAAAAAAAAAGACAUCACUGAUCAAGAGAGUGACUGAUGAAAUCUGCUUCAGUGCCAGGAAAGGGUACAGACUCCAGGGAGGACUUGGUUGGAGCAGGGGAGCUGCUUGGCUCUCUAGGAGAUGGUCCGUGGGCUCAGAGGGAGGCCCAGGGGCUUUGGGUGGGUGAGCGGUUGGCCGACGACUCACCGUCAUGUCUUUCUGUUUGUCAUUUAUCUCAGCGUUCAUUUCUCCCCAAGGCCGGGCAGACCGCUCGGCUGCCUUGGGCUGACGAGCGGCCUCUCCCAGGCCCAGGGCCGGUAGUUGGCCUCGGCUGGGAGACCGGGACGGUUUCACUUGCCUUGGGUCAGAUUUUGAUUGUCCCCUUCCCUUGCGCCCCCUCCAGAUCUCCCUCAACUCACGUAACGUGGACGCCCCUUUCAUCCCCGCCCCGGGAUGGCAAGCCCGGACUGCCCAGCCGCGGGGGUGAUAAGGGCCUCAGACUCCGCUUGAGGUUGACGUCUUUGUUUUCUCCUUUGCCUGCGGUUAGAGGAAUUCCCUCGGGCGUCUCAGCUUCAAGGUUUUUAGUUUUGCACAUGGGUAUGAAUGAGGAGGUGAACUGAGAUUUUAUAUCUAAGUACGUGUACAUGCAUAUAAUGUAUACGUAUGAAAUGUCCAAAUCAAUGAGGAAAUAGAGCGGUAGGAAUCAGUUCCCAGGUGUGAACCAGCUCUCCCGCUCCCUGCUCCAAGUCAGGAUUUGGGACUGGGCCCUUCCUGGGCUACCCAUCUGGUCCUUUCUGGCCCCUCAGUGUUCAGAUGGGCUUGACCUUCUCCCCCGAAAGCUGUAGGAUGGAGGUUUUCAGCACCUUGUACUUUUUUUUAAUUUUAUUUUAACCUUUAAUUUAUAUGGUUCGUGUUAUGCUGACGUAUUUCUCUCGCAUCUGUGGAUAGACGUGUUGUGUGCAGCGUGAGCGAGCUGGUUAGGGGAAGAGGCACUGGUUUGUAUAUAAAGAUAUUUGGUUUAUUUUGUACUUCUACCUUUUCAUGUUCACUGUACUAACGCGAGCUAACGUAAUCUGUGACGACCAGGUAUAACACGUGGCUAGCCCGAAGCUCUUUCCUUAUUGCUUACAUCGUCUUUGCGGUUUAAUACCAAAACUACUGUAACUCCAUCCAAUAUUAGGUGUGUGGACCUUGUGCUAGGUUAGUUGCAGCGUGUAUACUUUAUGAAUUGAAAUAUAAACUAGUAAAAUUGUAUUCCUA